ACACAUUCGUGACAUUUGAUUAACUAUAACUCGUUACGAAGUGCUAAUUAUAGACGACCGAAAACUUGCCGAAAUAAACAGCUUCAGGCGGUGCCGGACAGAUUCAAUGCAGAUUCAAGUUCGCAGUCGCCGAUAUAAAAGCGAAAGCAAGUGCUCCAAAAAUUAUUCCACUCAACAACUUCCUUCAAUACAAACAUGUACUCCAAGGUAAUGAAUAAAAAUACUGUUUUUAAAUCUUAUCUUACGGGUUAACGACCUAAAUAUUGGAUUGUUUAUGUGUUACUUCAAUAAGUAUCUUGAAGUUAACUUAUUUCUGUGUUUCUAUCAGGUCGUAGUAUUCCUGUGCGCGGCGAGCCUGGCGUCCGCCGGCCACCUGCUGCAAGCCGCCGCGCCCGUGGCGUACAGCGCGCCCGUAGCGUACAGCUCAGCGCCCGCCGUCUCCUCCGUGUCGUUCUCCUCGCACACCGCGCACGCUCCCGUCGCCACCUACUCCGCGGCGCCUGCAGUCGCCACCUACCACGCGGGCCCCGCCGUCGCUGCCUACUCCGCCCCAGUAUACGCCAAGUCCAUCGCUCCCGCCGUGUCCUACUCCUCCGUGUCCACUCACUCCGCCCCAGUGUCUUACGCUAGGACCUACGCUGCCCCCGCAGUCAGCACCUACGCCGCCGCCCCUGUGAUCACCAAGACCAUCGCUGCUCCCGCUGUUGCCACCUACUCUGCCCCAGUGUACGCCAAGUCCAUUGCCCCCGCAGUGUCUUACUCCUCCGUGUCCACUCACUCCUCUCCCGUAUCUUACGCUAGGACCUACGCUGCCCCCGCUGUCGCUACCUAUGCCGCUGCUGCCCCAGUAGUCACCAAGACCAUCGCCGCGCCCGCUGUCUCUUACUCCUCCGUGUCCACUCACUCCGCCCCCGUGUCCUACGCUAGGACCUACGCUGCCCCCGCUGUCGCCACCUACGCCGCUGCUGCCCCCGUGGUCGCCAGGACCUACUCCGCUCCCGCCUACACCUCGUAUUCUGCUGCCCCCGUGGUCACUAAGACCUACUCCGCUCCCUCUUACGCUACAUACGCCGCCGCUCCGGCCUACUCCUCAUACUCGGCCGCACCCGCUGUCUCUCACGUCUCAUACUCCGGUCUGGGAGCCAACUACGGCUGGUGAACACAUGAUUGUUGAUAUUUAUUACUAGAAAUAGUACUAGUCAAAUCAAGUGGAAUAAGAAAAAUGUUGGAAAAGAACAAAUAAAUAAAAAUUGAAAAAUA